CUGCGCGACAACUGCGAGGUGCACGGGCACAGCGAGAGCUGCUACAAGCUGGGCGCCUACCAGGCCGUCGGCAAAGGAGGACUCGACCUGGAUUUGAAAGCUGCCUACAGCUCUUUUCUGAAGUCAUGUGAGAAAGGUGGGAAGAAGUCAGUAAACGCGUGUCAUAAUGUUGGGCUGUUGGCCCAUGACGGGAGAGUAAACGAUGAUAAACCUGACCCAGUCACUGCUAGAGACUAUUACACAAAAGCCUGCGAUGGCAAUUUUGCUCCUAGCUGCUUCAACCUCAGUGUAAUCUACCUCCAGGGAGCAGCUGGGGUCCCUAAGGACAUGAACCGAGCGCUGGAGUACUCGCUGAAAGGGUGCGAGCUGGGUCACAUAUGGGCUUGUGCCAAUGCCAGUCGAAUGUACAAACUGGGAGAUGGCAUCCAGAAGAAUGAUGCCAAGGCUGAGGAUUUGAAAAACAGGGCAAAACAGUUGCAUAAGGAACAGAAAGAAGCCUCAAGUUCUUUAACGUUUGGGGAGUAAAGCUGUCAGUUGCAGUUAUCAAGACUGCAUUUUUAAAUCAGAGCUUGUGAUUUAAA